AUGAGCGAUAUUGACGAUUCAGAUGACUUUUUUGCAUCCAGUUCUUCCUCUGACGACGGAUUGGACUUAAUUAAUAACCAUAAAAUAAAAAACGAACGUUUUAUAGAAGAAACUGUCCAACAAUAUGAUUGUGAAACAUAUUUUGGGCAUUUCAGGAUUAGUCRUCAUUUGACAACAAGGAUUACUGAUUUGUACAGAGAAAGUAAUUAUUUWAAAAWAAACAGACAUGGCCAAUUUGGUAAAAUACCUGCGGAUGACCAGGUCCUUAUAUUUAUGUGGUUUGUUGGGCACCAAACUGCAAGCUUCCGUGAUGUUGCAGACCGUUUCAAUAUUACACUAAGUUCUCUGCAUAGAAUUAUUGAACGGCUUACAUACUUUUUGAGCAACUAUUCACCACAAAUAAUCAAAUGGCCUAACGAUGAAGAAAAACGAGAAUCAGAGAUUUCAUUCAGAGCUAAUGGAUUUCCUAUGGCUAUAGGGGCUAUCGAUGAAAGGGAUAUUAUUCAAUACAGAUGCAGGUUGUCUGUGACCACAACCGCAAAAUCAUUGAUUUUUUUUGCCGGUUAUCCUGGGUCCGUACACGAUAGCAGGGUAUUCAGGAAUUCACCAGUCUGCAAUACUAAGGAAGAAAAAUGCGGUCCAUAUUUCUUGCUCGGUGACAGUGGGUAUCCGUUACAAACGCGAUUGAUGACCCUAUUCAAGGACCGAGGGCAGUUAACAAGGAAGCAAUUUAAUUAUAAUUUAAAGUUGAGCCAAAACAGAUAUCGCAUUGAACACUGCUUUGGAAUUUUGAAGCAAAAAUUUAGACAGUUGUAUCACUUAAAAUUCAGAAACAUCACUAAAAUUGUUCAUUUUAUGCGAGCGUGUUGUGUGUUACACAACAUUGCCAUUGAUGAUGAAUUCCUCGAAGAAAUUUCAGAAGAUUUCUCUGCAUCAAAUGCACAAAUACAAGCUGUACCACAGGUUGAUGGACCAGAAGGUCCUUGA